AAAAAAAAAUAGCAGCAGAAGAAGGAAGAAGAACCGCUUUUCCUGAUCACCAUCUUGGGUGUCAGCUGCAGCCUGUUUUCAUUGUUUUGUGAUCAGUGAAGCAAAACUCUGGACCCUUCAGUUGAACUAUGGGGAAAACCUGCUUAAUUGUGGGUUGUGUCGCGCGUGGUGGUCGAGACCCACGGUCAUUCUUCCGUCUGCCAGCCGUGAUAGAAAAUCAGUGUGAGAAAACAAAAACACUGAGUACACAACGUCGACUACUGUGGCUGAAUCGGAUAUCCAGGGCAGAUUUGGGCGGCUUGAACCUCACUCACGCCCGAGUGUGCAGCGCACAUUUUCUGACAGGCAAACCAGCUCAACUGUUUGAUAGCGACAACCCUGACUGGGCACCUUCUGUCUCACUGGGACACACGAAAGUCAAGUUGGCAAAGAAGGCAUCGGCUGUGAGAAAGGUGCGCAUCCAGCGGCGCUCUAAGAAGAGACGGAUGUAUGAAGCUGCAGAGAGCCUUCUCCAGAUGAGCCAGUGCCUGGGUCCUCCUGACGAGUCAGGGAUUGAGCCUCUGUCUGAUGAUGAUCCACCUACUGAUGAACCCAACACCAUUCAAUGCCAGACAGACAUAACGUUACCUCUCAUGGAUGGUAUGCAGUGUGAGAUUAAGUGUUUGACUCAAGAAAAUAUGGACUUGCGUAAAUCGGUUCAAAAUUCCACUUAUUCUGAGGAGACAUUUAAAGGUGACAAUGAACGUGUAAAAUGUUAUACUGGACUGCCUGAUUUCACCCUGCUUAUGCUUGUAUUCAAAUUCAUAUCUGAUGACAUGAGCUAUGCAGCUAAUAGCUGUCUCAGUAAAUUCCAACAAAUGAUCCUGACUUUAAUGAGACUGAGGUUAAAUCUAUCCAUACAAGAUAUUGCUUAUCGUUUUAAUAUUUCCUGUCCAACUGCAUCUCGCAUUUUUGUUGCUGUAAUAAACAUUAUGUAUCAUAACCUGGGGUGGCUAGUGAAAUGGCCUACAAGGUAUGUGCUUAUUGAAAGUACUCCCACAGACUUUCGCAAACAAUACGGUGUACAUGUUUCAGCUAUUAUAGAUUGCUUUGAAGUAUUUACAGACAGGCCAACAGGCUUAAUGCCUCAAGCACAAACAAGGUCCAAUAACAAGCAUCAUAAUACAGUUAAAUUUUUAAUGGCUAUAUGUCCUCAGGGUUCUGUAACUUACAUUUCAAAGGCAUGGGGUGGCCAUGUGAGCGAUAAAUAUAUAACUGAGAACUCGGGAUUCCUUAACCAUAUUUUACCUGGGGAUAUCAUUCUUGCUGACCGUGGUUUUGAUAUCAAAGAUUCUGUUGGGGCAAUGCAGGCCGCAGUGACAAUUACAGCAUUUAUAAAGGGCGAAAAACGGUUAUCUAUGGCUGAGUUUAUUGAAACGAGGAAAAUUGCACAUUUGCGUAUUCAUGUUGAAAGAGUGAUUGACUGCAUCAAGCAGCGUUACAGUAUGGUGGGGGGUCCUGUGCCAUUAGAUUAUGUGCAGAACCUGGAUCAGGAUGGCUUGACUGUGUUAGACAAAAUUACUAAAGUAUGUUGUUCUUUGUACAACUUAGGUGAUGGGAUUGUAUCAUUUCAUUAAUGGUGUGUUGUCAAGACAUUAUCGUAAAUUCCCUCUUGUAAGUGCAACAAAAACAGCUUUGAUUUUUGGUUACAGCCUCUAGGAAAUUCUCUUCUAUAUAUUGUGUCUUCCAGGCCUGCAACACGAUGCUUACAGCUGUGUAAUGAAACAUGAUUUUUAGUGCGACUUAUAAGCAGGAAUUUACGGUGCGUUGUGUUGGAAGGAAACCAGUGGCCUUUCAAAACAAAGCACAAUAUUGCUUUUGUUUUUAUCCAUUCUUGGUGUAUGUCCAUUUUUCAUUAUUACUGCAGAUUACCUUUGGCUCUCAAUAAAUUGUUGAUGAAAAAUUAA